AUGGCUGCCGGCACAGUCCCUUCGCGCGUCCAAAUGUUCAUCCCAAUCUUCUCGCCCGCCACGACCGGCAGCCCCGCGUGCAGCGCCCGCGGAUCUCCGACGGCGUUGCCCUGCACGGGGCGGAACGUCACGCCGCGCUCCCAUGGCUCGUCGCAGUCCGUGUAUGCGCACCACUGGUCGGUGGGUCGGGGCGCGUUGACGAGCGGGAAGUUCGUGCCGCCGCCGCGGAGGGCAGCAGGUGCCGGCCCGUCAUCUGUCGUCCCGUUUGACACAUGCACAUACGCAAAGAAGCUCGACACCCGGUUGCCGCCCUGCGCCGCCGUUGCGUGCACGGGCUGCAACGGUUCAAGGCGGGACGAGGAGGACGCCGACGAUGUCGUCAAUGACGAGGGGCCGUCGAGAAGACCCUGA